CCAUCUUCCUCAAAUCAUCACUCACAUCACAUCACUAUCUUUGCUUCUUCUUCCUUCAUUUAUCAAAACAAUAUGGUGUCCAUGAUUGCUCGCAGCGGCCGCCAAUUGCAGCGUUACAAUCAGAACCAACGCCAACUCGUUGGAUGUAUACCCUACAGAAUUAAAGGUGGGUCUGACAGGGAGUCAGAGGAUGCAUUAGAAGUUCUUGUCAUUAGUGCACAAAGGAAAGGCAAAGGAAUGUUAUUCCCUAAGGGUGGAUGGGAAUCUGAUGAAUCUAUCAAAGAGGCCGCGCUAAGAGAGUCGAUGGAGGAAGCCGGAGUGCUUGGAACAGUGGAGGGGGUGCUGGGCAAAUGGUGCUUCAAAAGCAAAGGCAAUGAUGCAUACUAUGAGGGGUGCAUGUUUCCGUUACUUGUUAAGGAGGAACUUGAUGUAUGGCCCGAGAAAGACAUUCGUCAACGAGUUUGGAUGAGCGUGUCAAAGGCCAAAGAAGUUUGUCAAUAUACUUGGAUGAAGGAAGCGUUGGAUUUAUUAGUGAGGAGACUUGAGUCUGCUCCUAAAAUUAAUUUAUGAACAUAUGUUUAUUUGUAAAUAUGACGAGAUUUUGAAAGGUAAUUACCUGCGACCAAGAAGAAGAAGAACGACAUCUUGAAAGGUUACAUGACAAGAUCAAAAGCAAAAUCUUUGUAUACGCAAUGUUUCAUAUUCAUCUUGCAUUGGUUUUGUUUCUACACGUUGCCCAUAAACCAUAAUCCUAAAGGGCUGUGAUUAGUUUGGAUAGCUAAUAGUUACUAUAAUGACAAUUGUUUUUACUGUUGUAAUAA